AUGGAUCUCGGCGGAUCAAUCCCUGAUGAUUCACCAAUUGAUGGCCAUCAAGGGUCACCACGUUCUGGUCCAUUCGGACAGCAUGACAGUGAUGUCUUAUAUCAAUCACCAAGGCGGCCUCAGGUCUCACGCCUUAUACAGGUUGGUUCGUCACCUCAUUAUUUGGGCACAGAAGGAACUCCUCUCGCUAAGUCGGUUCAUGUGCCAGGCAAACUGAACCUGGGAGCGGACAUACUGUCCGGAGGCAAAGUAGCCCUGGGCGAUUGGGCUCUACAUCCUCAGAUGCGAGAUGCCCUGGCCCACGACUGGCCCAGGCCUCGCCUGUAUGCAUUUCCUCCUAUCGCCCUAAUUCCCCAAGUCAUCGGAAUAGUUUUGGUUGAUGAUCUGGAGAUUUCAAGAACAGAUCAGACAGGAGGAGCAAAUGUACCUUCAGCAAAUGUGCCCAUGGCACCUGUAUAUACCAUUGGCCCUCGUCCAGGAAAUGAUGUUUAUCCUACACCUGCAGCAGGUUAUAUGCCACCUCAGGUCCCGAUGGUCAUGCCAGUCCCAGACAGACCGCUGGGCUGUCCACCAGGUUUGGAGUACCUGACCCAGGUUGACCAGCUUCUAGUUCAUCAGAAAGUGGAAUUAAUGGAAGUUCUCAUGGGAUGGGAGACCAAUAAUCAAUAUGUGUUGAAAAAUAGUUUAGGACAGCAGGUGUUUUUUGCUGCUGAGGAGAGCAAUUUUUGUACUCGCAUGAUCUGUGGACCAGUGCGCUCCUUCCUGCUUCAUAUCCAGGAUAACAUGGGACAGGAAGUGAUGACUUUAUCCCGCCCCCUUAAAUGCGGUAGUUGUUGCUUUCCUUGCUGUUUGCAAGAGAUGGAGGUUCAGAGCCCCCCGGGCAACCCUAUUGGUUAUGUAAUACAAAGCUGGCAUCCUUUCUUGCCGAAAUUCACCAUCCAGAAUGAGAGAAAAGAACCUGUUCUGAAGAUUGUGGGGCCGUUCUGUGACUGCAAAUGUUGUUCUGAUGUUAAUUUUGAGGUGAUGUCACUGGAUGAGUCCUCAGUGAUUGGUCGGAUUAGUAAACAGUGGACAGGAUUUGAAGCAGAAGCGUUUACUGAUGCAGACAACUUUGGCUUACAAUUUCCAAUGGAUUUGGAUGUGAAAAUAAAAGCAGUUAUAUUAGGAGCCUGCUUUCUUAUUGAUUUCAUGUAUUUUGAGCACACUCAAAAACAAGAGUGA